AUGAAUUUGACACCUUCACAAAAAAAUGCAGUCAAUACUAUUGGUACUGGAAUUAGAAUUGCUGUACAAUAUGGUUUUGUUCCGUUUGUUAUUUUUCUUGGAAUAAGAAAUGGUUCGGAUCCACUUCAAAAUGGAGAAGUUGUGCCAAUUUCUCUUCUCUCUCUUCUUUGGGGAUAA